AAAAAAAGAAAAAAAGAAAAAAGCCUGGCAGCAGCUUUCGGUGGGCCCCACCACUCUCCCUCCAGAUUUAGCAGCAAAAGCCCCCCCAUCCAAACUCCACUCUUCCACAGACAGCUGAGAUCUCUCUCUCCUUUCUCUUUCUCUCUCGCUCUCUCGCGCGCGCGGGUCUUCCAUUCUCGGUGCUUGUCGUAGGUAGCAUCGAAUGCGUUAUUUCGCCAUUCCCAAAGGGGAAGUUGUCCAAUACUGGAAGAUCCUAAGGACAUUUGACACAGCUUUACUAGUGUAAGUUCCAUGCUGUCCAUUGCAAUAAUAGACAGCAUGGGCUUACUCUGCAGCAGACAACAGCACGUCACUGAAACUGAUGCUGAAGAAAGUGCACAGGCUGUGGAGAUUGAGAGGCGGAUUGCUCAAGAAACAAAGGCAGAAAAGCACAUCCAAAAGUUAUUAUUACUAGGGGCGGGAGAGUCUGGGAAGUCCACAAUUUUUAAACAGAUAAAACUACUCUUUCAAACUGGCUUUGAUGAGGCAGAACUUCGGAGCUAUAUAUCAGUUAUUCAUGCCAACGUGUAUCAGACAAUUAAAAUAUUGUAUGAUGGGUCAAAGGAAUUUGCUCAAAAUGAAUCGGAUUUCUCGAAGUAUGUUAUAUCCCCUGAGAAUAAGGAGACUGGAGAAAGAUUGUCUGAAAUUGGAGGCAGGUUGGACUAUCCACGUUUAACUAAAGAGCUUGCGCAGGAGAUAGAAACUUUGUGGAGGGAUCCUGCCAUUCAGGAAACUUAUUCUCGUGGGAACGAACUCCAAGUUCCAGAUUGUGCCCACUACUUCAUGGAGAAUUUGCAACGAUUGUCUGAUGUGAAUUAUGUUCCAACAAAGGAAGACGUUCUUCAUGCAAGAGUUCGAACAACAGGUGUUGUGGAAAUCCAGUUUAGCCCUGUGGGAGAGAAUAAAAAAAGCGGUGAAGUUUAUAGACUUUUCGAUGUGGGAGGCCAGAGAAAUGAGAGAAGGAAGUGGAUUCAUCUGUUUGAAGGUGUUACAGCUGUAAUAUUCUGUGCCGCCAUAAGCGAGUAUGAUCAGAUGCUCUUUGAGGAUGAAACCAAGAACCGAAUGAUGGAGACUAAGGAGCUUUUUGACUGGGUCUUAAAGCAACCAUGCUUUGAGAAGACAUCCUUCAUGCUGUUCCUAAACAAGUUUGAUAUAUUUGAGAAGAAGGUUCUAAAAGUACCAUUAAAUGUAUGUGAGUGGUUUAAAGAUUACCAGCCUUCCACAUCAGGAAAGCAAGAGAUCGAGCACGCAUACGAGUUUGUGAAGAAGAAAUUCGAGGAACUAUAUUUCCAAAGUACCGCCCCUGACCGUGUGGACCGGGUCUUCAAGAUAUACCGAACGACAGCCUUAGACCAGAAGCUCGUGAAAAAGACGUUCAAGCUGGUGGAUGAGUCCUUGCGGAGGAGAAAUCUCAUUGAGGCCGGUUUGUUGUAGCUGGGACGCCACACUUUUGAAACCCAAAUCCACCUCUAAAGCACAGGACCAGAUUUUUCAAUACCCAAAAGAAAGGAAGAGUCUCUCUCUGAUCACAAGAUAAAUACCCAACUCAUUUGCCGCUCACUCAACUUACACUGAAAGAGAAGUCUAUGGCCUUUCUUGCUGCUGCUGUUUUAUACUGGGAAAAGGGCGUCUAAGGUCAAGCUGCUUUUUGUGCUAUUCCGCGAUCAUGCCCGUUCGUUUUUUGCCAUGGACUCUUGGUUGAAUCGAUGAUGGAAUUUUGUGCGUCUGCUUGGGUCAGACGGAUAGAGAUUCCAUUUGGGAUCUCUGGAUUGCUUGGUCUUUAUUUCAGAUGAAAACAGGUGAUGAGUUCUGCUGUGUGAAACAGAUUGAGUUUCCCUUGCAUCAUUACACUUGUUUUGUAUUCCAAUUUUGCUUAGGUGCAGGAUUCUGUA